AUGGACCUUCACGAUAGCGACCAGCAAGCUCUCCAACAAGAGAUAGCUGAUCUCGAGCGUCGCCUCAAGCAUGCGAAAAGCCAAUUGCAACCCCCGCCGUCACCCAGCGACUCUGUCUCUACGGCCUCGCGCGCGCUAACGCCGCCGCCACCCAGUCCACCCACGCUUCACACGCUCCUUCUGCUCGCCGAUUCGGCAUUGCCGCUAGGCUCGUUUGCCUUCAGCAGCGGGCUGGAGUCGUACCUAGCCCACCAUCGGCUUCCAAGCGCGUCGGCCUCGCAAGUGCCAGCCUUCCACCACUUCCUGCGCCUCUCCCUCCACACCCUCGCCAGCACUGCCCUGCCUUACGUGCUAGCCGGCUACCGCACCCCGCACCUCAUUGAGACGCUCGACAACGACCUCGACGCCAGCACGCCGUGCACCGUCGCCCGCCGCGCCAGCAUCGCCCAGGGUCGCGCCCUGCUCGCCGUAUGGGAUCGCAGCUUCAAGAAGGCCUAUCAACAAGCACCAACAUCAACCAGCAUCGACGACGAUGGCGGCGACGUUUCCGAUGCCGUGGCCGCCCUCACUCGCUUCCAAACCGCGCUCCGCGCCGCAACGAGCGCCACGCCGCUCCCGCCAAACGCCCAUCUCGCGCCGCUCUGGGGCUUGCUGACGCGUGUGCUCGGGGUCGAUCUACACGAUGCGGCGUACUUGUUCCUCUUCUCGCAUGCCCGGACGGUGACGUCGGCGGCAGUGCGGGCGAGCGUGCUGGGACCGUACCAAGCGCAGGCGGUACUGGCGGAUGCGGGGCUUCGCGAGAGGGUGAGUGGGUUGGUGAAGACGUUUUGGGAUACCGAGGUUGAGGAUGCGGGGCAGAGUGUGCCGGUCAUGGACCUGUGGGUGGGCAGGCAUGAGAAACUGUACAGUCGCAUUUUCAACUCGUAG